CCUUUGCAGUCUACUGCUACUGCCUCCAUGAACGUCAGCAGUGUGUUUGUCGUCUGCUCCCAGCAUGGAGAGCUGGAGUGUCGUCUGCUACUCAAAUCAGGAUGUGACGCCAGGCCUUCUGCGAACUCCAAGUGAGAUGCCGCUGUGAAAUUUAUUCGCGACGACGUGUGCGCUAUGUUUGUGUGGUUCCGGUCUUUGGCUAACAGCUGGGGCGUGCUAAUAGAAGGCCGCAACAAGAUAAGGGAGGAAGGUCGGCCACCCUUUGAGGGACAAAAUGCUUCGCAUGCUAUCAAGUCAUUUAACUUCUCUCGAAUCUCCUGAGGAAUCACGCCCGUCGCACUGCCGAGCCAUGUGUGAUCCCGUGGGCUCCCAGCGGUGACUCCUCUGCCAUGGCUCAGCUGCCAGUCACUUUUUCCGUACGACGGUCCGUUCCGAAUGAGCACGGACAUCCGGAGGAGCGCAACGUACGGAUCUCUCUCCCAUCUGCUCAGCACUUCCAGCUGCCGACACUGCGACACUCAUCUGGCGGAAGCGUCAGCCUCAACCUUGCCGCGCGACGUGGAUUGCUUCCCGUGCUCUUCGACCGUGCCUCAAAAACAUGGUGGGAGCCACGGUUCGAUUCCCACAUUUUGGAAGAGCAGUAUCGGAGGAGCACGUUCCCUCAGCUGCGACAAAGGUUCCAGUACGCCCUCUACUACGUGGUGCUCGCCUCGCUCCUGUAUUGCAUCUACUCGGCCAGCAUGGCAAGACCGCACUGGCCGGCGUCGGUCGCGGUCAGCCUCAUUCUCUCGACGUACGGCGUGGCGACGCUGCUGACCACUACGUCGCAGUACUACAAACGACAUGCUCUCCGCGUAUCGCUGGCGACGACCGGAGUAUUGUGUGCAGCGUCGUUGUCCAUGUUUGCGUUGCUGCUGUGCAUAAACAAUGACAACGACGUCUAUAUUUUUUCUGUGGGAUCGUUUUCGGUGUGUGUUCUGGUGUUGAUGAUAACGUACGCUCUAGUGCCAAUGCCACUGUACAUUACCGUCGUGUCGUGCUUAACGUUUUCCAUCGUGUUCGAGGUAUUGUCGGCGGUGUUCAUUUCAUCGCUCACGGGGGUUGUGAUCGCCGUGCGGGCGCUUCUUCAACUGUGUGUUCAUCUGGUUGGACUGCACGUUCGUCUCAUGACGGAGAUCAGCAUGCGCAACACGUUCUACAAGGUCGGACAGUCCCUGAUGGUGCGACGUGACCUCGAACUUGAAAAACAGCUGAAGGAGAAGAUGAUUCAUUCGGUGAUGCCACCAAAAGUUGCCGACUGGUUGAUGGCCACGACGAGCGAAGAAGAAGAAAUAUCCAUCCGCGAUAGGAAACCGUCGACUAGUCCGAGGCCGUCGCAGAUGAUAUUCCGGCCGUUCAACAUGCACCGCAUUGAGAACGUCAGCAUUCUCUUUGCCGACAUAGUAGGCUUCACAAAAAUGAGCUCAAACAAAACGGCCGAACAUCUAGUCGGAUUGCUGAACGACCUGUUUGGUCGAUUUGACUAUCUCUGCGCGAAACUAGGGUGCGAGAAGAUUAGCACCCUGGGUGACUGCUACUAUUGCGUGUCGGGGUGCCCCGAACCGCGACCCGAUCAUGCCAAGUGCUGCGUGGAAAUGGGACUGGGCAUGAUCCGGGCCAUAGCAGAAUUUGACGAGGACACGAGUGAAUCGGUGAACAUGCGAGUGGGAGUGCACACGGGAACGGUGCUGUGUGGGAUAGUUGGAACCAAGCGAUUCAAGUUCGAUGUGUGGUCAAACGAUGUAACGUAUGCAAACAAGAUGGAGUCGACUGGAAGGCCAGGGAGGGUGCAUGUGUCGGAGAGCACGCACUCGUUCUUGGUUGAUCUGUACUACAUGGAUGAAGGCCUCCCUGAUCUCAAUCGCAAGACAUAUUUCAUCCGCGGGCGCAAGCCGACAACGUAUGAAAAAGCGCAGCACGCAGCUUCUCGACACUCUUGGCCCCACGUGGUUAGUGCGUCGGACACGACUACGAUCAUCGAUGCCCGCAAAGUUAGCUGUCCUGGCACAGAAUCUGGCGAGGUCGAAGAGGAUGAAGAAGCUGAAGUUGUCCCUAUGCUACCUCCAAUACACCGGCAUAGCAGCCUUUCUACUCUGGAUAGCAGCCGUAAAGACUCUGGUAUUCGCAGUCGACAGAGUAGCAUUCAAGAUGCGAUGGUGCAACGUGAUAAGCCCUGUCGUCAGCUUUGUAACAAAGUGCCUGCUGAAAAUGGCUCUUGGGGAAUGGAUCUAUUGAAGCUCAUGGAUGCACCGACACCUACGCUUUACACCCAUCGCACCAGUGGCUACUACUCCAGCUACACCUCGGUAACCGACACGGGACGUUCCAGCGGGUCCAGCCUUCGUGGGUACAGCAUCUUCCUCGACCCCACUGUCAUGCUCAACGAAAGCCUCUCUCGACUUCGACACAUACGAAAGCAGUCGGACCUGCAGAUGAUACGCUGCAUCCAGCAGGACACCUGCACGACAGAGUACUUCAUUAGCCCACCAGUCAACCCGGUGACCCUAUUCUUCAACGACCCGCAGAUAGAGUGGAAGUAUCGCCACAGGCUUCACCACCGUGACCUAGCACCAACAAUGGCGUCUGCAUCGUUCACAACUUAUUUUGACAUAUUCGUGGCAUUGGGUUUCUACCUCAUUGUCAUGUUUUCGUGUUUUAUACUGUUCGAUACGCCGCCGUCCUGGCUGUUCUUCUGCCUCUUCGCGUGUAGCAUACAGAUAUGUAUUUUCAUGCUCUGCAUCCGCGAAAUGCUGGCCACCAGGGGCCACUGGGUGGCAGAUUGCUUGGCGCAGAUCUACGUCUACUGCACCGAGUGGUACCCAUGGCACAUUAUUGGACUCAUAUUAGUCACCCUGCCGGUUGGUUCGAUUUUUUCCAAUUUCACUUGCGCGGGCGUAAUGCCCACACCGGAGAGGACAAACGCAUUCUGUUACGUGGUCUUUGUGUCGCUCUUCCACUUCAGCAACUUCACGCAGCUCAACUAUGCGUUGCGUUCAAUGCUUGCCACAUGUGCUGGUGUGGUGCUGGCGUUGCUAGUGGGGGUUCCUGCCUGUCCGUGCCGGUUUGCUCAGCCAAAUGUUACACGUUCGGAUUCUGCGGGAGGUACUGCAGACCUGUUGGGUGUCACUUUUCAUCGUGAUUCGUACAGCUGCAACCAGUCUGCCAUCUACGAAAUCGUUCUGCAUGUCGUGCUGAACACUGUCCUUGUCUGGGUCUUGAAUCGGGAGUUUGAGAUAAGCUACAGGCUGAGCUUUCACGGCAGCAUAGUUGCAGCAAGGGAUGAACAGCGUAUCCAGGCCAUGAAGAACCAAGCCGACUGGCUGCUGCACAACAUCAUCCCCCGCCACGUUGCCGAGAUUCUCAAGACCACAUCUAAGUAUUCCGAAAAUCACAGAGAUGCUGGCAUCAUCUUUGCGAGCAUCGUCAACUUCAACGAGAUGUACGAUGAAUCGUACGAAGGUGGAAAAGAAUACCUUCGUGUGCUGAACGAGGUCGUCGGUGACUUUGACGAGCUCCUCUCGAAGCCAAACUUCAGCAACGUUACAAAGAUAAAAACCAUCGGAAGUACCUUCAUGGCGGCAUCGGGGCUGAACCCAAAACUGAGGCGGGAAAAUCCGCACCCAUUCAUGCACCUGUAUGAACUAAUGGACUUUGCGAUCGCGAUGCAGCAGGUGAUAGAAGACUUCAAUCAGAAUCUUCUCGAAUUCAAUUUUAUCAUCCGAAUUGGCUACUGUUACGGCAACGUCACCGCUGGAGUUAUUGGAACGACAAAACUUUACUACGACAUUUGGGGUGAUGCCGUAAACACGGCUAGUCGCAUGGACUCCAACGGGGUCCCAGGAAGAAUCCAAGUACCUGAACAUUGCCUUCAAGCCCUGCAGGAGAUGUACAUAUUUGAACCGAGAGGUUCAGUGUACAUUAAAGGAAAGGACCACAUGAAUGUGCAUCUCCUUGUACGUAAGAAGGAUAAGUCCCUAUACAGAAUACUGCCAUCUUCCUUCCGUCGCAGCUCAACAGAACCCCCCGAGGCUAAAAGUGUUAAAAUAGCUCCGGUUGUGGAACAGCAAGAGCCAGAGAAAGAUUGAUGACGGCCAAGUUUCUCUAGGUGUGAAAAUGUGUGGUUGUGUUAGACCCAGAAAUCGUGGAGCACAAGAUGUCAUAUCGUGAUUUCCACCGGGGCACCGUCACAGCAGGUGCAGGACGUAACACAGAAUGGAGAGGAGGGCUUACGUAUUGUAGGUGCAACUUGUGCCAGAACUUCUAGCUUCACCAGAGCAUCUGGACGUGUCGCCGAUAGAUUUAAAAAUGUAUGUGCCUCGCCAGUGGCAUAUAUAUUUUUGUGUUGUGGUGUUAAAUACUGUUGUGAUACUUGUCUAGCAGAAGUAUUUUUGGUUCUGUACACAGGAAGCCAGUCCUGGCUUCUGUAACAGAAUAAUACCCCCUGUCACGCAAGCGGUCUUCAAUGAUAAUUCAAACCUGUGACCAUUGGACAUGCAUGUAGUGCCACCAAGCAUAUAACGUGUCAACUUCUCAAAGAGCAUUAGACGCGAUGCUCCGUGACUGGCUGGCAAGUUACACACCUGAUGGCACUACACACAUGUUCUAUGGCCAUUGGCUUCAAUUAUCAUUGAAGACUGCCCAUGUGAUGGGUAUAACUCUGGGCAGUUGACUCCGCCGAGCUGGAAUCGUGUGGGUUACUGCCUACCAUUUUUCCUGCACAGAUUUUUCCAACUUCUGUAUGACAAGAACUUGAGAGCAUAACUCACGCGAGUGUGCAAGCAGAUGGUCUUGCAUUCUUAAGUAUCAAGCGCGUUGUAGCUUCCGAACAAUAUUGCAGUUAGAACUCGGUUGUGUUAAAGCCUUAGGCACCUGUUUGGGUGAGCUGAGCUAAGACAGGCACGUAGAGCUCGAUGUAGUAAUCUUGUUGGAGGCUGUUGAGUGUUUUUAGUAGCAUGCAGAUAUGUUGUAUUAGUUGAAAUGGAGGACACAGUUUAUAGAAUGUGGUAAUUUUUUUAGCUGGUACUGCCAUAACCAUAUCCGCAAUUAGGAAACAUUUUUUACAAGAAUUCAUUGGCACUUCAUGUGAUUGUUUCAAUGAAUAUCGUUCGCUGUACGUAAUUUUUAUGUUUGCAUUCCAUGCCUUUCGUUAAAUUAUGUUAGUACACAUUUUCAGAAAGAAAAUGUUGCAACCUGUUAAGGUGUACAAUUCAAGUAACGUAUUUACAUUUGUUGAUAUGUAUAUCUUUUAAUGAGCAUAUUUAAUUAUAGUAGGUUUGUUACAAAAGCUGCUUUAUUUGUCAUUAAUGUGGUUGCCAUUUGACUGCUAUAUAUGUGUUAGUCUGUACAUUAUGAAAUUACUGAGCUGAAUGCCAGCGAAUGAGCUUGUCCUGUAUUGCUCUUUAAAUAUGUGUCAUUAUCUUAGCUUUAUACACAAAAGAAAUGACAGAAGCUUCUCUGGCAGACCAGGCUCAGUAGGACACAUCAUGUUGAGUACAGUAUGUGUGUUGUUCUGGAGCCACUCAAACAUGCACAGAGCGCCUAUUUAACUUGUGCGCUAUGUUGUAUGAGGAAUUUCCAUAGUCAGAACUGCUCCUUUUGAUAUGGAGGGUAAUAUGCAUGUGAUAUGACACAAAAUGUUUUUGGGGUAUGAAGCCUUCAAUGCCUACUGUUUGCAAUGUUGACGGUAAAAACCAUUCAUGGAAAUUUGUGUUAAUUUCGGCAUUGGUACAUAUGUAUUUUCAACACAUUUUAGAGGAAACUUCCCUGUAUGCUUUGAUCACUUUUCAGGUACCUUUCAAUUACUUUUCAGUUUUGUUUCUGUAUGCCAAAGGAACGUGCAAAUGUCUGUGCCAUGAAAUGGUUUAGAGAUAUACCUUUACAUAUAUUGCUUUUACCUGCCUACUUUGCAAUGAGUGCUGAUAAAAUCGCUCUCGGUUGUACGCUGGCCGUUUUAUGGAUCCCCCCCCCCCCCCCCCAAAAAAAAAAAGAAAUUAGGCGGUGAUUGAUGAAAUGUGACCACAACAAACAAACAAACAAGAAAGCUAAAUGUGUGCUGCAUCUCACUUGAAAUUUCCCUCUGUCUUUUUCACUGCCCCUUUCGGAUAUGGACAGAGGAGGAGCCUUGUUGGCCUAGAGUUCUGGAUCUCAUUACAUGAGGUUUACACGAUCAACCUGCGAUCAACCUUUUAUGCACUAUUUUGCGUGGCUAGUGCCCUACAAAUUGACGGUUCAGGUCAUGCGUUACCAUGAACAAAUUUAAAGGGACAGUUCAUUCUGCAAGCAUCAGUUUGUAGAUAUCUGUUUCCACAGUCAAUGCAUAUUCCCUGAUUUAACAAAUCCCUGCUUGAGCUCCAUAACUUAUCAUCGGCAUUAUAAAUCAUUGGAAUCGCUCGCAGGGGAGUUGUUCAGAGUCAAAUGUUCCUGCCAGACAUGAGGAAUUUCCACGGAGCAAACUUUCCUUUUAACUGGUUAGGUACGUUUUUAUAGGUCAAAAAGAUCUCUGGGGCGUUUCUCUUCUUUUUAAUCCAGCUCUUUCUUAGGAAGAUGUUGAGGAUGCUGGGGACCUAAUCUCCUUCUGCCCACAAUUAAAAAGUAGGUUGUCUUAAUAAGUGAUGCUGAAAACAAAAAAAAAAAAGACUUUCAAAUGGGCUAUUGCUGGUUGGCAUAGCUUGCACCGUUGCGUGUACACUAGCUGUCGAGUGUACUACGUGAUACGCCUUGCAAACGUGUUUCGGACUAUACUUGCCACAGUAAUGAAACAUGUCGCAUCCACAAAAACUCUUUUGUAGAGAAGAUAAAAGCCUUGUGAUGAGAACCUCCGACAUAUGCGUGACUGUAUGGCGCAGAUGUUUUUGAAAUCUCUGGAUAGCCAGUUGUUGCAACAGUGUCAGUCACUUCCUGUUCACUUGGCUUUUGGUUUUUCACGCUGCAGUUCAACAUUUCGAAAGCAUCAAUGUCAUGUCUGUUUGAGGCAUGACAAGGCUCUGGUCUGCAGCCAAAGCUAUGCUGUAGGGAGUGUCAAUUACUGAUCUAUGAGCAAUUCUAUCCAAUAAGUUAUAGUUUAUGACACACAGACGUUUCAUGUGGAUGUUCGUGACACACAACCAUGUCUUUUGAGAAAAGGAAAUGUGUGUUUCGUCAUUAGCACUCUGGAAUACAACAAAAAUUUUAGUUAUGCUCUUCCUUGUGAUGCAGAGAUGAUCUACAUAGAAAUUUAAUAUAUGUAAUUGGAGCACCUCUUAGGUACAAACUUAAUAGACACACGAAAUAAAAUUUAAUUGCAUUGACACUAAAGAAAUUAUGAAUGGAAAUGUUAAAUACGCAAAACACAAAAUGUUGUACGUGUAGCUUUCUGUUGUGAUUGUUUUCCGGAUGUUGCAAAUUUAAGCAUUUUUUGAACUCACUGCUGAACACUAGGGAUAGGACGAUAUCGAUAUUUGUAUAAAUAUCUAUUGUUUCCCCAGUCGAUGUUAUCGGUGUUUUAAAAUGUCACUGUUUUUUAAAUAUUGAUAUAAAUCAAUAAAAUGUUGAUAUCUUUCUCGUGGAUAUUGACAUGUAUUGAUGUUCUUAAUUUAUAUUUUAAUCCACAUUUAUCCAUAUUCUAUCAAUAUUCAAAAUUCCGAUAUUUUUGCGCCUCUGCUGGGCACCCCCCCCAUGCAGUCCUGCCUACUUGAUGGUCAGAAAGGAGAGUAGGUCCCGUAGCUAGUCUAGCUUUCAGUUAGUGCAUUUUCUUUAUUACUUCGUUCAUUGCUGUAUAAAUGCAUUUGUCUGCUGAUCCAUCUGCAUCUUUUCUCUCUGCUUUGUCACUUACUUGCAGUUGACUGUAACACAUUCCCUUACAAAGAACUUAAGUGCCUUUUACCGGAUAGGAUUAAUACUUGAUGCCCAACAGUUUCGUAAAUACAUAUGGAGCAAAGAGAACUUGAAACACUACUGAUGUGUCACAAUCAUUAACGUUUCAAGACAUACAUAGUUUAUUUGUUUUCUGGCUAAGCUUAUCGAAAUACGUGGAAACAGAUCUCUGUACAUUUCUCUGUUGGUGAAGUUUUAAAUCCCAAAGGUGGAGACUGGAAGAACAAAUACAUGUACCGGGUUAUCGACUAAUUCCCACCACAUCCACUGUCAGGUUUUGUUUGACUUCUCAACUCGAACGCCGUUUAGGAAUAACCCCAGUGACACCAAGAUAUCGGCCAACACAUUUCCCAUGUGAAGCACACAAAGCACCAACAUUCACACUGAAUUGUGUUGCAAAACUUGCAAUCAUGCUAUAUAGUUAUAUGACCACAUGAGCACCACUGCACAUAUGUGCAGCAUUUAAGUCAUGCACAUCUCUGCCAUUUUUUGUGCGUAGUUCAACAUGCUCCAACUUUCACCACUUCUGUAAGAAAAUUGCAUUUUCACCCUGUGUGCCAACAGUUUUUUGAACAGCUAAUUCGGAACACAACGAAAUAUAUGUGUACCUCCUGUGAGAAAAAGGAAGCCUUCUAGUCACACAAUUUGUUGUACAUGUGAUCAAUUACAUUCAUCUCAGCACCGUGCAUCUGUUGCACAUAGUGCCGUUCCAGCGCAGAGCCUUUUUGCAUUACCAUUAUCAUAUCUUGCAGCACCUCUUAUCAUAUCUUGUCUUAUCAUAUCAGCAAACUUCUUCUGUUGCAUUUUGUGUCUAAAUAUGAUGGUUUCGUGACCAGUUUGAGUGUAUGAGUAAGUGUACGUCGCAGAAUCCACGUUGAUGAUCAGUCACGCAAUGCUUCGAAAUGCACUCACGCAGCUGCUAUGGGAGCACCAAUUUACAAUUAUAUUGCACACCUCACUUUGGGAGUAGUAUUUAACAUUCAUGUGCUUGCACAACCAUGAAACGAAACAGUUCUGAGUUGAUUUGAUCACUUUAUUCAGUGUGACCCACUUUUAUUUACCUUCAGGUAUACUUGGUAGUCUCCUGUAUCCCUGAUGUACCCAUUACAUCAGAGCCGAGUGCAUAAAUGCUUAGAACAGUGAAUGUCACGGUGUAAAAAUAUACUAAUGUAAGGCUUUUUAUUUGCAUGCUAAAUAGAGCUCUCUUACCAUUGUUAAUGGCCUUUAGACUUUGGACAGCAGCACAACAAGGGCCCAUAUCAGAGUUGUGGUGGCCUAUAAUGACCUCCUUCAGUUUUUCCGAAUAAAUUUGUCCUAAAAAAGCUAACCACAUGCUUCUGAUUGGAUUGUGUAGUGUUAAAGGGGCGCUAAGGUGCAAAGAUUUCACCUCUCGCAAUGAAACAUGUCGUUACCUCGACAGCAAUACAAAAGGAACGAGAUUCAUCUGUUGUGUUGUUCGUGGUUUAUGCGUGAACGAAACAACUAUUCCUGCUUUUCUCCUUUUCUCCUCCUCAAGAAGUGCGACAAUACGGAGAGGCCCGUUAUUGGUCUGCUCGAAUGAUAACCCGCGAUGAUUGGACAAUUCGUUUGAGGAGAUAAUGGGAGGUCGCUCCGCAUUGCCGCCCUUCUUCAGGAGGAGGGAAGAAGUGAAGCGCAAGUUGUGGUUUCGCCCGUCCAUAAAUUACGACCAAUGCAACAGAUAUGAGUCACAUUCCUUUUGUAUUAUUGUCAAGGUAACGGCAUGUUUCAUUCUGCGAGGCAAAAUUUUUGCACUUUAGUGUCCCUCUAAGAGGUGGGACGUUCCUUUUGUAUUAUUGUCAAGGUAAUGGCAUGUUUCAUUCUGCGAGACAAAAGUUUUGCACUUUAGUGUCCCUCUAAAAGGUGGAACGUUCCUUUUGUAUUAUUGUCAAGGUAAUUGCAUGUUUCAUUCUGCAAGACAAAAUUUUUGCACUUUAGUGUCCCUCUAAAAGGUGGGACGUUCCUUUUGUAUAACUGUCAAGGUAAUGGCAUGUUUCAUUCUGCGAGGCAGAAUUUUUGCGCUUUAGUGUCCCUCCAAAAGGUGGGAAGCUGAUUCAAAAGGGAAAAUUUAUUUUACAAAUUUUCAUGUUAGUGGCUUUUACGUCUGAUAAACAGAGGUAUGUCACCCUAUAACUGUGCUCCAGCAUGUCAUUAACAUUACAAAUCAUAAUAUAUCACUACCCAUCAUCACAUAGUGAGCAUCCAACCAUUCAUUCUGUGGGAAGUGCUCCCUCACGAAGUAUAACUCAGCACCACAUAGUUGUAUAUACCUUUACAUAUGGACGUUUGUAAUAUUACUGCCCUAUAGGUUUUUGUAUGUGCAGCAUUGUUUUUGUACAUGUAUAGAGAUUGCCAAAAUAAAUUAUUUAUUCCUUUGUAAA